AACGAGCGGAGAUCGAGCGAUCGGAAUGCGAGCCCAAUUCCUCGAGAGUCAGUUGAGCAUUGGACGUCCUCGUUAGCGGUUGCCUGUGUCUUCUGAGCGGCGAACAUAUGAAGUCGCUCAGGCACCACCAAUAGGAACGAUUUCGUAAUGAAUUGAGGAGACACCACGAAGGACAACCUCGCAGGAAACCCACCCAGAAAACGAUAUAGUCUUAGAAAUUGUCCACGCCAAAAAAGGACACCCACCUGUAGCCACCGAGCUAUCCAAAAACACAAAAACAAAACCAAACCCACCAUGAAGCGCAGCUGGUGGAGCCACAGUGGCUCCUCCACGGCGCGACUGCUGCUCCUCGGAGUCCUGAUCGCCAGCUGUUCCACCGCCAUCCUGGGCGCCCAGAGGACACCCAUCAACUCCGCCGGAGGACACGAGCUGCGCGGAACCACCUUCAUGCCCGCUCUGGAGUGCUACGAUCCGUAUGGCCGACCGCAGAAAUGUCUGCCCGAGUUCAUUAAUGCUGCCUAUCAACUAAAAAUCGAGUCAACAAAUACCUGUGGUGAGCUGAAUGACAAUCACUACUGCAUACAAACGAUGAAUCAAAAUCACAAAAACUGCGAGUUUUGCAGAAAUGGUGAUCACACUCCUUCCUUCCUGACGGAUCUGCACGAUCCUCAGAAUCCCACUUGGUGGCAGUCGGAGACCAUGUUCGAGGGCAUUCAGCAUCCGAACUACGUGAAUCUUACUUUGCAUCUAGGAAAAUCGUACGACAUCACGUAUGUGCGCAUUCUGUUCCGGUCGCCGCGUCCCGAGUCCUUUACGAUUUACAAGAGGACCUCGGAGAACGGACCGUGGAUUCCGUACCAGUUCUACAGUGCCACCUGCAGGGACAUCUACUCCCUGCCCGAUUCGCGAGCCAUUCGAAAGGGGGAGGGCGAGGCGCAUGCACUGUGCACCAGCGAGUACAGUGACAUCUCGCCGUUGAGGGACGGCGAGAUCGCCUUCUCCACGCUAGAGGGCCGUCCCAGUGGCAUCAACUUCGAGCGCAGUGCCGAGCUGCAGGAGUGGGUCACUGCUACCGACAUCCGCAUCACCCUGGACCGCCUGAACACCUUCGGUGAUGAGCUCUUCGGCGAUCCGCAGGUGCUGAAGUCGUACUUCUAUGCAAUCAGUGACAUCGCCGUGGGAGCGCGUUGCAAGUGCAACGGACACGCCAGCAAGUGUGUGGCAAGCACGGGAAUGCACGGCGAGCGGACGCUGGUCUGCGAGUGUCGCCACAACACCGACGGACCCGACUGCGACCGCUGUCUGCCGCUCUACAACGACCUCAAGUGGAAGAGGUCCACCUCAACGGAGGUCAACGAAUGCAAAGCCUGCAAUUGCAAUGGACUGGCGGACAAGUGCUUCUUCGAUGCGCAUUUAUUCAACUUGACGGGUCACGGAGGUCACUGCAUGGAUUGUCGGGAGAACCGCGAUGGUCCCAAUUGCGAACGCUGCAAGGAGAACUUCUACAUGCGAGACGAUGGCUACUGCGUGAACUGCGCCUGCGAUCCCGUGGGCUCCCGAUCGCUGCAGUGCAACAGCCACGGCAAGUGCCAGUGCAAGCCGGGAGUUACGGGGGACAAGUGCGACCGCUGCGACAACAACUACUACCAGUUCGGACCCCACGGAUGCCAGCAGUGUGGCUGCGACGGUCGGGGAUCCCACGCCAACACCCCCGCCUGCGAUGCCGAGACGGGAAUAUGCUUCUGCAAGGAGAAUGUCGAGGGUCGACGGUGCAAUGAAUGCAAACCGGGCUUCUUCAACCUGGACAAGGACAACCGCUUCGGCUGCACGCCGUGCUUCUGCUACGGCCACACCUCCGAGUGCCAGACUGCCCCAGGAUACUCGAUCGUCUCGGUGACCUCGAACUUCAACAAGUUCAAGGAGCGCUGGACGGCGGCGGAUCUGAACCAGCGCGAGGUGGACAUCAAGUACAACCAGUACAGCAGGAGCAUCGGAACCACGGCCCAGGGCAACGAGCACGUGUACUUCCAGGCACCCGAUCGAUUCCUCGGUGAUCAGAGAGCCUCCUACAACAGGGAUCUCAAGUUCAAGCUGCAGUUAGUUGGCCAGGUGGCCAACACCGGAGUGAGUGAUGUGAUCCUCGAGGGAGCGGGCAGUCGCAUCUCGCUGCCCAUUUUCGCCCAGGGCAACGGGAUUCCCGAUCAGGGAGUCAAGGAGUACACCUUCCGUCUCCACGAACACCACGACUACCAGUGGCAGCCCAGCCAGUCGCCUCGUGGCUUCCUCUCGAUCCUCUCCAAUCUGACGGCCAUCAAGAUCAGAGCUACGUACUCCGUUCAGGGAGAGGCCAUUCUGGAUGAUGUGGAGCUGCAGACGGCGCAUCGUGGAGCCGCCGGGCAUCCGGCCACCUGGAUUGAGCAGUGCACCUGCCCGGAGGGUUACCUCGGUCAGUUCUGCGAGUCCUGUGCCCCGGGAUACCGGCAUAGUCCCGCCCGAGGAGGUCCCUUCAUGCCCUGCAUUCCCUGCGAUUGUCAUGGUCAUGCGGAUAUCUGCGAUUCGGAAACGGGAAGGUGCAUCUGCCAACACAAUACCCAAGGAGAUAACUGCGAUCAGUGUGCCAAGGGAUUCUACGGAAAUGCUCUGGGCGGAACUCCCAGUGACUGCAAGAGGUGUCCUUGUCCCAAUGAUGGAGCUUGUCUGCAGAUCAACGAGGAUACAGUGAUUUGUACGGAGUGUCCAAAGGGUUACUUCGGUUCUCGUUGCGAGCAAUGUAGCGAUGGCUUCUUUGGCGAUCCCACUGGGCUUUUGGGUCCCGUGCAGACCUGCAAGAGUUGCGACUGCAAUGGCAACGUGGAUCCCAAUGCGGUGGGCAACUGCAACAGGACAACCGGAGAGUGCUUGAAGUGCAUCCACAAUACGGCGGGAGAGCACUGCGAUCAGUGUUUGCCGGGACACUUUGGCGAUCCCCUGGCUCUGCCCCACGGAAGUUGCGAGCGGUGCAGCUGCUACGAAGCUGGAACGGAGCAGGACGAGCAGAGCAUCACGCGGUGCGACCAGGUGACCGGCCAGUGCCAGUGCAAACCGAAUGUGAUUGGCAGGGAUUGCGGGGAGUGCCAGCCGGGUUACUUCAACAUCCGAUCGGGCAAUGGUUGCGAGAACUGCCUGUGCGAUCCUGUUGGGAGCUACAACUCCACCUGCGAGCGGUACACCGGCCAGUGCCACUGCCGACCGGGAGUUGUGGGCCAGCGGUGCGACCAGUGCGCCAACUACUUCUACGGCUUCUCCAGCGAUGGCUGCAAGCCCUGCGAGUGUGAUGAGAGCGGAUCGAAGGGAUUCCAGUGCGACCAGAAUGGCCAGUGUCCCUGCAACGACAACGUGGAAGGACGUCGCUGCGAUCGCUGCAAGGAGAACAAGUACGAUCGCCAUCGCGGCUGCAUCGAUUGCCCGGAUUGCUAUAAUCUCGUCCAGGAUGCCGCCGACUUGCAUCGCGAAAAGCUGUCCAAUCUCAGCCAGACUCUGGACGAGAUUGCCCGCACCCCGGUGACCAACGACGAAGAAUUCGAGGCCAAGUUGAAGGCGGUUCAGGAGAAGGUGGCUGUUCUCGCACAGGAUGCCCGCGAUAAUUCCGGUGAGGGAGGUCAGACCUAUGCGGAGGUGAUCGAUGAUCUGCACAAGCACUUGGACACCGUGAGGGAGCACCUGCAGAGUGCGGACAAGUACCAGGCGGAUGCGAAUGCCGAGAUCGAGAAGGCGCGCCAGAACUACACCAUCCUGGACCAGAUCACCGAGAACGCCAAGAAGGAACUGCAGCAGGCCCUGGAUCUCCUCAACGACGAGGGAGCUCAGGCUUUGGAUCGCGCCAAGAAGAAGUCCGAGGAGUUCGGGCAGCAGUCGGAGCAAAUCUCGGACAUCUCGAGGGAGGCUCGAGCUCUGGCCGACAAGCUGGAGUCGGAGGCUCAGUUCGAUCUGAAGAACGCCAAGGAUGCCAAGGAUGCGGUGGAGAAGGCCCAUCAGCUGGCCAAGAGUGCUAUCGAUCUGCAGCAGAAGAUCGCCACCGAGUUGCGUUCAGAGGUGGGCUUAGAGCUGAACCAUGUGAAGCAGCUGCUGGGCAACGUGGUCCAGACCUCCAAGGAGGCUCUGCGGAAGGCCAAUGAGGUGUACGAUACCGCCUUGACCCUCUUGAACGAAGUGAAUCGCCAGACUCAGCCGGACAUCGAUAUCAACCAGCUGAAGAAGGACGCAGUGGAGGCCAACGAACGGGCAGAUGGACUCCUCAAGGCAAUCAUCGAGUUGUCCAACAGCAAUGGAGAGCUAUUCGCUGAUUUCGAAACCGAACAUGAACUCACAGAAACGCUGCUUAAGAGAGCUGACCAACAGCAGCAGGAGGACAUCGAGUUGCUGAAGCGGGCCAAGGCUGCUCAUGAAACGGCCACGAAGGCGGUGGAGCAGGGUGACAACACCCUCAAGGAGGCCAACAAUACCUACAAGAAGCUUGCCGGGUUCCAGUCGGAUGUUCAGCGUUCUUCGGAGAGUGCAGCCCAAGCAUUGCAGACAGUGCCCAACAUCGAGAAGGAGAUCCACAAUGCCGAGAGUCUGAUCAGCCAGGCGGAGGAGGCACUGGAUGGAGCCAAUAAGAAUGCCAACGAAGCCAAGCAGAAUGCCCAGGAGGCUCAGUUGAAGUACGCCGAACAGGCUUCGAAGGAUGCCGAGCUGAUUCGCCGCAAGGCCAAUGAGACGAAGGUGGCUGCCCGGAAUCUGCGAGAUGAGGCCGAUCAACUGAACCACCGGGUGAAGCUCACCGAGAUGGACAUCUUCAAGCUGGAGGAGAGCUCGACCAAAGACGACAACCUGGUGGACGAUGCCAAGCGGAAGGUGGGCCAGGCCAAGGCCGAUACCCAGGAGGCCCAGAAGCAGAUCGAGAAGGCCAAUGCCGAGCUGACGGCCAUCAAGGAUGAGCUGGAGAACCUGAAGGACAUCAACACGGGCGAUUUGGAUAAAUUGGAGAAUCGUUUGGCCAUUGUGGAGGGUGAGAUCAAUCGCGUCAAUUUGACGGGUCGCAUUGAAAAGUAUCGGGAGCAGCGCACCAUUCAGAAGAAUCUGAUCGACAAGUACGACGCCGAGUUGAAGGAGCUCUCCGAGGAGGUGGAGAACAUCGGACUCAUCUCGAGGGCUCUGCCGGACAGCUGCUUCAGUCGCAAUCGGCUGGAGCCGUAGAGCUCCGCGAUCCCCACUUCCAAUAACAACUACUUCAAUUAACACUAAGUACGAGAACGAGGAUCAGAACGAGACGAACAAAUCAGAUUUACGAUAUAGAACGUAGCCGUUGAAUGAAAUUAUGUAAUUUUAGUGCCUUAGCCGAAAUAAUUCUGUUUAGUGAACCAAAUCGAAAGAAAGGGUUCCACAAAAAGGAGAUCAACUGAGCAACGUUAAGCUUUAACGCAUCAUCGUUCGCAUACUGUAUGCCAUAAUAUAUACUAUAAUGAUACACGGGAAUGCCCGAAUCAAGAAUUAACUGCCAACUGUGCUUCACCAGUUUCAAGCCAGCCACGGACUGUAUUAUAUGUUAAAGAAACACUGAAAAAAACACACACUCUAAAACACAAGACCUUGUACUCCAAUCCGAUAAUCCAAUCGCAUUUUACUAUCUCUGCCGCAGCUCCACCUGAACUCUAUUCUAAACACUUAUAUAUUAACAUAUUUGUCAUCUACGUUUAAUGUGCCAAUACAACUACCAUGUAUCUUUGUGUAUAAGUCGCUUAAAGAGUUUCCCUUCAAAAUAUAACUUUUCCAACGUUGUAAUUUUGUAUAA